ACAAAAAGCUCGUCACCCUCUUCAAGAACGAAUGUAGUUUCUGGAUCUCUCUUCUCUUCACUCUCGUGAAGAAGUCCUGUGGAGAGGAGCUUAGUGGUGCUGUGUCUCGUAGCGUAUCUGACCACGCUGAAGAGCUUCACGUCAACUGAAAGAGCGUCGCGCUGUUGGAUGCCAAGAAGCAAUUAGCGAAAAGUCACGCGUUCGGAAUCUGGACUGUAACGCCACUGAAGUGGUUCAGGACACUAGGGCAGUGUUCACCGACGAAUUGUCACAAUUGCAGUUACCUGUGCUGUGUGCCGCGCGCUCCCAGUGUUGUUCACGGACGGCAGCGAUUGAGGUCUAGCAGAAUUCCGGCCAUUUCUCUAGAGGGUUCGGAGCUGCCUGUGCGGUACGGAUCCCGUGAGAGUCCUCCGCACCUGUGCAAACCAUCACUUAUCAGCCCCAGGAUAGAUGGAUAUAACUACAAUGGCUGCCAUUGGAAACUGAUUUUUUCCUACUCACGUGUGUGGUUAUUAGCCGUGGUCGUGGCAGGAGUACGAAUGUGAUUGUGAGCUGGAGUUCCACCCUGACCCUGACCCUCCUUGCCCCUUUUGCUCUACCUGGCAAUACGGCUACUGACUGUGUAGCGGUGUAGUUCGCGUCGUUGGCCGUUCAGGUCGCUUCCGAUCGUGUACCUCACACGAAGGGUUUCACACUCGCGGCGCGGAAAACAUCAGCGCGGGCACAAGUUUGCCAACAUACUGCUGCUGCUCCACAGGUGGGAUUUGCGACGAACGGAACGGGCUGAACAAGGUUGGGACAAACGACGCGAGGUGCGAGUCAUAGGGAUAUAGUGAGUUCAAACCAUAAGCAUAGGGGAUUACGAUUGUUCUUUCCACCAUCGUGAUCUUCACCCACCCGGUGACAGAAGCCAUCAAGAAGUACCAGGGUUCCGCUGCGAUGUAGCUCGGUCACGUCCGUCAACAGCUCCAGCAACAUUCGAUCUGAUUGCAUAGCCCGCGGGCACUCACGUCUCCGGCUGAGUGCUGAAGUCUGACUCUGGGCUAGCGCUGAAGUUUGCACCUCGGGCCCGCGCUAACCAACUGACCCCCAGUCACACUCUCAUUCUGGUCUUGUCCAGUGCGAGAAAGAAGAAUAAGCUAAUCAUCCCUCCCGACUGUUGGCGAAUACACGCUUGUCCUACUCCAAGUCCAAGGCGUUAGUCGGCAGUAGUGAACUCACCUGUUUAGACCUUAAAAGCUGUGAAGAGGAGAGGAAAAUUAAUAUCCUGAAGCCAGUAGGCAGUAGUACACGGUUUAGUAGUACACGGUUUGGUCGAGAAAAUGGCUGACGGGAAAGCCCUGUGGACGUGUGCGGUUCUGCUGUCCGUCCAUCUGAUUGGCACGUGUUUCGGCCAUUUCCUACCUAGUGCUAUAGAGGCAGUAACUAGACAACGUUUUCUGGAUGAGACUGUGCAGAGAAGGUUAUGUCGCAAUAUGCCAGGGCUAACGGAUAGGCAGAGAUCAUGGUGUCGGACACAUCUACCGUUUGUUGGACCCAUUGCUCAAGGUGCGCGUCUUGGACUGCGCGAAUGUCGACGGCAGUUCAUGUUUGAACGGUGGAACUGCCCUAUCAACGACUCAACAACAAAUUACCACUUUAUCAUGUCUACAGGAAGCCGUGAAGCAUCGUUUGUCUCUAGCAUUCAAGCGGCCGGCAUCACACUGGCAAUAGCGAGAACGUGCAGCGCUGGCAAUGUGACGCGGUUCUGCUCCUGCGACACGUCCGUUCACGACGAGAACAUUGAGCACAACAUCAAGGGCAAGUUUGAUUGGGGCGGCUGUGGCGACAACUUUGCAAAGGGCUACCAAUACAGCAAGGAGUUCCUGGACGUUGCUCACAUUGAAGAGGAGCAGGGGAACCAAACAGCCCUGGACGUAAUGGAACUGCAUAACAACGAGGCAGGCAGAGUGGUUGUAGAGAGUACCCUGCAGACUAUUUGCAAGUGCCACGGACUGACUGGUGCAUGCAGUGUCAAGAUCUGCUGGCGAUCUCUGCCCAAAGUGCAGGUUGUGGGUCUCAUCCUGAAGGACAAAUACCGCAAUGCGCUGCAGAUGGGCAUCUCAGAGGCACCGGAUGUUGACUCUCCGCCGCAUGAGGAGGGGUCGAGAGAGCCUCCUCGCCUCGUUCCACUCGAUCAUCUGGCACGAGAAGCCGAGCCCGCGGAGCUCACCUAUCUGCACACUUCCCCCGACUACUGCAGACCGAACGCCACCAUCGGUAUCAAAGGCACAGGAGAGCGUGAAUGCAAUCUGGAGUCUCGUGGCGACGAUGGUUGCGAGCUUCUCUGCUGUGGCAACGGACACCACCCACAGCGCUCAGUGCUCAGGCAGCAGUGCAAGUGCAAGUUUGUGUUCUGCUGCAAGGUGGUGUGUGAAUAUUGCCUGGUCGCAUGGGAAACUCACCAUUGCAAUGACCCGCUGCAGUUGACAGCUCGAAAGUGAAGCGGACUGGACUAUAUACGUAUGAUAACAGACUGGUCAUGCAUUGAAAGAGCGAAUUUCUUUAGUCGCAUGUUGAGCAUACUGCUAGCUACCUUGGAGCCUAAGCACCCAGACCGUAUAUCCACGUGCAAGUGCACUCUAUUGAAGACAGGAUUCUCCUCCCAUGGCUCUGCACGUGUACAUACGCAACACCAGUUGCGGCACUGCUGAUAUUUUGAAACGAGAUGCCUUAUCGCACGGCCCGUAGUAGUACCCUUUAAGCAUCAGUAGCAUGGCUAAGAGGGUUGUGCCUGCAUGCGUGAGAAUUCGGCAACGCUAGUUCCUUCCCUACUCUUGACAAUGUUUGCCUUGAUUUAUAAUUACAACCAAGAUGCACGUAAUCAUAACGCGUACAUGUAUAUCAGCAUCAAGCUGUGUGAUGAUUGCGAAAGCCAAGCGAAUGCACACAAUGCUUGCAAUACAGCACAAGCAUUGCACUCAUGUGCAACAUAAUAUCUUACUGUCCACUUUCAUGAGUGUUGAGCACUCCCUCUGGAGCAGAGAGGACCCCUCUCGUUAUGAUUGUAGGUGUUUCUACGUACAAUGAACACUAUUAUUGAACUGUG